AUGCGUUUCGCACUCCGUCCCAACCUCUUCCUGCUCGCCACCCUCGCUGCGCUCCUCGUCGUGUCCAGCGUUUAUGCCGAUCAUCACAGCGAAGCCAGUACAGCUUCCGACUCGGCCACCAACGGUACGGCGAGCGCGGGCGGUGCCGCGAGUCCUUCUGCGAGCGGUUCCGCAAGCGGUACAGCCAGCGGCUCCGCCACUGGUGGUCAAGCUGCAGAGCUCCAAGCAUGCUUCCAGCAGUGCGCCAUAAAAUCUGCCACUGAUGUCAAAUGUCAAGGACUGGGAGAACCCGCUUGCUUCUGCAAAAAGCAAGAAUUCGUCGACGAGACGGCCAAAUGCUCCAUGGCGUGCCCUAAUACCAAUGCGCAAGCCCUGACUGGCGGCUUGGAGCAGCUCAAGCAGCUCUGCGUUUCCGCCACUGGCAACUUCACCCUCAGCGUGCCCGCAGGUAUGGCUAGCGGAAGCGCAGCCGCCAACGGCACUAGCAGCGGAUCUUCCACUGGUAGCUCCUCCAGCACCGCUGGACAUAGCGACGCCGCAGCCUUCAUCGUCGCUCCCGCCGCGACCGCUCUGGCUGGCGUCUUUGUGUUCACCGUCGCUGUUGCGGCCACUUUCUAA